AUGGCUCCUGGUUCCUGGUUCCUGGUUCUGCUCCUGGCUGCCCCGCUAAUGCUGGUGUCCUCCGGCCCGGUUCGUGGCCCGAACAACGAGACUGUUCCGGUGGUGCUGUGGCACGGGAUGGGGGACAGCUGCUGCAACCCGCUCAGCAUGGGCUCCAUAAAGAAGAUGCUGGAGGAGGAGCUGCCUGGAGUCUACGUGCUAUCUCUGAUGAUCGGGAAGAACGUGGUGCAGGACACAGAAAACGGCUUCUUCCUGGACGUGAACCAGCAGGUGGCGAUGGCGUGCAGCCAGCUGGCCCAGGACCCCCAGCUGCAGGGGGGCUACAACGCCAUGGGCUUCUCCCAGGGGGCCCAGUUCCUGAGAGCCGUGGCCCAGCGCUGCCCCUCCCCCCCCAUGAAGACGCUGAUCUCUGUGGGCGGCCAGCACCAAGCUAAGCCCCGCCCCCAUAACCCCUAUCCCUGGCUGACGCCGCUCUGUGUCUCAGGUGUGUACGGGCUGCCCAGGUGUCCCGGCGAGAGCUCCCACAUCUGCGACAUGAUCCGGGAGGCCCUGAACCGCGGCGCCUACAGCGACCUGGUCCAGAAGCAGUAG